CCAGGCUGCCUCGCGCGGGACCGGAAGCUAGCUGAAGGGACGAGAAAAGGCAGUCUGCAGGAAACCUGCAGGACUCCAUUUCCCAGGCCGCUUCGCGCGGGACCGGAAGCUCUCUAAGGGAAGAGGCUUUCUGGGUGGGUGGGAACCUACAGGACUGGUAUGCUGUGAAAGGGAGAGGCGGGGCAUUCGCCCCUUGGCUCUUUGGAGGCGGUCUCCGAGCCGUGAUUGUUCUGGAAGAUUUUCUCCUCGUGUGAAUCCUAGCCCUGCCCCUCUCUGACUUCUUCCCGCGUCCCCUUCUUCCACCUUGGGACCGCGAAGGACAAAGCCAGUCUGUCUUCCAGCAGACAGCUCCUCAGACCUGCUAUACAAGCUGUCUGCUCCACACCCACUUCUGAGUGCUCUGAGCACUCAGGGCCCCAGACCUUACCUGGGCAGGCAGAGGGGAGAGCCAGACUUCUGGGAAGGCCCGGGCUUCUGGCAGAUUUUUGGCCAAUGGGACGAACGUGAUGGCCAUGGGACAGUUCUAUCUCUUCUCCCUGGUCCUGGGCACCCUGGGCUCCCUCUGUACACUCUUCACUGUCUACUGGGUACAGCACUGGCAUGACGGCUUUGGCUGGGAUGGCACUAAACUCAUGUUCAACUGGCACCCAGUCCUGAUGGUGACUGGUAUGGUGGUGCUGUAUGGGGCUGCCUCGUUGGUGUACCGCUUGCCCCAGUCCUGGGUCGGGUCCAAGUUGCCGUGGAAGCUGCUUCAUGCGGUGCUGCACCUGGCGGCCUUCGUCCUGGCGGUGCUGGGGCUGGUCGCCGUCUUUAACUUCCAUUACCACAACCGGCUCUCGAAUCUCUACUCCCUGCACAGCUGGGUGGGGAUCACGGCCGUCACCCUUUUUGCCUGCCAGUGGCUCCUGGGCUUCACCGUCUUCCUGUUACCCUGGGCAUCGCUAUCGCUCCGCAGCCUCCUCAAGCCCAUCCAUGUCUUCUUUGGGGCCGUCAUCCUGUCCCUGUCCAUGGCCUCUGUCCUCUCCGGAAUCAAUGAGAAGCUCUUCAAUCUGAAGAACGCGACUGCCCCCUACUCCAGCCUCCCGCCGGAGGCCUGCUUUGCCAACAUCACCGGAAUGCUGGUGGUCGCCUUUGUGGGAAUUGUGCUCUAUGUCCUACUGGUCUCGUCGUGGAAGCGGCCUGAACCAGGCAUCCUGACCGACAGACAGCCCCUGCUACAUGAAAGGAAGUGAGGCGCGAAGGGCCCCCCAGGAGCAGGCUGCACCAGCGCCACUCUCCCCCAGGUUCUGCUCUUCUGGGGGCUCUGGAAUUGCCUGGAGAGGGGCCGGGGUCCCAGACUUCUUCUGCCCCUGUUCCCGUCCUGCACGCUAGCCGCUGGGCUCCUCACCUGCUUCCUGGCCGGCGCGGGCUUCCGCACCUCUCGGCCCCUUUCUCAGGCUCUCCCUUGAGGCGCUGCUAUUUCAUCACAAUGUCAGCUAUGUCACGAGUCAGUUCUUAGAGAUUCUCAACUAGCUCCUCUUAGGCAGAGGCAGGGCUGCUGACAGGUAGAAGGGCUGGGCCUGCGUCCAGGGCGUCCCUACCAGUACCCCUCUCUGCUCCUUCCUGCCCACACGACCCAGUGUGGAGGCGAGGUCCUCUGCUGCUCAUCCUCUCUCCCAGGCCUUUGUAAAGUAGCAGGGAGGGUGUAACUUGCUCCCUCUAGCUUCGGCUCCAUCUGCGACCUGGAUCUCGGCCUUACCCUAUUGCUUACGUGCCUGUUGCGUCCGGGCCCUCCCAAUAACUCUGCCAACCUGCCCUCCCAAGAAACUUGCAUCAUAGUGGGGACUACUACCAGGGCCGCCUUUGGACUUGAUCUUCCGGACUCAGUAUGCCGGGACCUGCUCCUGGCCCAUCAGGGUCAGCCUCCUAACACCCCCACCCCCAGCACCCUUCCUCAGGAACUCCUCACACUCUUGGAAAUGGUGGAGAAGACCUGGGUGGCGCCAUUGUCCCGGCAGGGCCGUGGGCACUGUUGGACCAUCCGGCUUCCAGAGCUGCCUGCUCGGACACAGCCAGAUUUCCACCCCAUCCCUGGGCUGGGCUGACCAAGGCCCCGGGAGGGCAGUAUGAACCCUCCCAGAGUGAGUCUACACAGGCCACACUCGGGCGCAGAUGCCUCAGGGGAAGCUCAGACUCCCGAGUUAACUCUACUCCUCGCUCCUCAACAGUCCUGUCUUCUGCGGCUGGUCUUUUCCUCCUCUCCCCUCCCCAUUGCUGGUGUGGUCCUCUACUUCCCUCCUAAACCAGGCCUGGCGUGGCCAAGGGCUCGGGCUCUCCGAGUGUGGACUGCAGUCCUAGGGCUCUCACAGCUCUCUCCUAGGGGAGCAUUCAGUCGAUUGGCUCAGUGAGUGGCCCGUGUUUUCAGGCCAGGGUGCAGCUGGGGUCAACCUCUUUGGGCUGCCUGAAAGUUUUCAUUCAAUGCAUUUUUAAGGAUCCAAGACUGCCAGGCUUUCUGGCGUGAUAUCAGCAAAUUUCGCCUUGAUUAAAAGGGAAAACACACUUUCUAAGGAUCAUGGUUGGAGCCGAGCUUCUUUAGCGUAAAGUGGGGCUGAUUCUGCAGGGGGGCUGAGGCUGUGUGGCCUCUGGGGCAUCUGGUCAGGAUUCCAUUGGAGCUCCUCCCUGCCCUGCUAAGGUUAAGGUCUUAGUACUGCUGAGCUUGAGGGGAGGUGGCUUUUCUAUUUGUGAAGAUCCUUUUAACUUCCUAAGUUGUAUUCUUUUAACCUCUCCUUACCAUUAAAGUUGUUUUUACUGCA